CAAAAUAAUGAAACGCGACAAGCAUAAGUCGCAAGCGGACCGACAUGCGCUGUUGGCAGCUGCCGCUCUCCAGGACCACAUGGCCAGGAGGCUGCGUAUGCCGGGAGGCCCUGUCGCACAACCCUCCCUGCAGCCAGGAGCGCCCAUGACUCUGGCCCAGCACCUGGGUCUUAUCCCCAGGCCGCCGCCGCUUCUCACAGAAGACCAAUGGACGGAAGUACACCUGCGCAGCCGCCUCCGCCAGGACUCGUCGUACGAGUGCGUCAUAUGUCGGGAGGAGUUCCAAGCUGGCGCCCAGGUCCUCCUCUCCUGCAGCCACACCUUCCACCGGCACUGCCUGGCCUCCUUUGAGCGGUUCAGCGGCUCUAAGAGCUGUCCGCUGUGUCGGGCGCAGCAGUACCAGAAGAAGCUCAUCCGGGACGGGGAGGAGAUCUUCCGGGGGAAAUGCGCCACACGCAUCCAGGCGGCUUGGAGGGGCUUUGUCGCCCGCCGGGGGUACCUGGAGUACCGCCGUCACCACCCGCCGCGGGACGAGCAACUCAAGAAGAAGUGGGCGGCGAAAAGGCUGCAGGAGGAAAACGACCGGUUGUUGUCGGCCAUGGAUGACGAGGUGGGCGAUCUGGACGACCUCUUCGCGGAGCUAGAUGCAAGCGUGGCGCAGAGCAGGGCGGUGUGUGACGCGGCACUGCGCCCUCUGGCAGCUCGGCUGCAGCAAGGUCUGAUCAGGGAGGCGGUUUCGGAGGUGGAGGCGGAGUUGCCCCCUGCAGCAGUGGCGGCGGCGGCGGCGGCGGCGGGGGGCUCGGGGAGAAGCGCUACUGCGGCUUCCAGUAGAGUAGGCUUGGUAUCGGAGCAGGGGGGACGGGCAGCGGAGCGAUUUGGAUUGGCGGCGGCGGAGGAGGAAGAGGAGGAGGAGGAGGGUGACUGCGCCUCGUCUUCGUCUUCAUUGUCAUCGUCACCCAGCCGCAGCCGCCGCCGAGGGCUGCCACUGCUGGAGUCCGGACUGGUAGCUCCUGCCCUGGCGCAUACGGCACGUACGACACGAAGCGAGGCUACGGGUGCCGCUGGUAGCACUGCGGUGGAGGCGGAGGCGACGGGACGAGCAGAUACCAGCAACACCGCCACCGCCACCGCCACCGCCACCGCGGCGGCGGCCUCAACGGCGCUGAUGUACAGGUCCGCCGCACCGUCAGCAGCUGUGGCAGUGACGGAGGCGGCGGCGGCGGCGCGGGGGCGCCCGGCGACAGCGGCGGAGGUGGACUGGGAUGCGGUGGUGGCCCGGGCCCGGGCCCGCGGGCUCCUGGACUGCCCCAUCUGCCUGGGUGACAUCUCCCGGAGGGGCAACGAAGGUAUCGCCUGGUUGAGCUGCACCCACUGCUUCCAUUUGGACUGCAUCAUGGCAUUUGAGGCCUUCGAGCUAGCAAGCGGCGGUGCACUCAGCUGCCCGGUCUGUCGCAGCGGAUACCGCCGCCGCUGCUUCGCCGCCACCUGAGUCAACCCUCCACAGCCAAAGAGACUUACGAAAAGUCCCAAGUAGCCCCCCCAACCUCACCCGACACAAACAAACAUACAUACAUACAUAUACCGAUACAUGCACACAUGCGUAUACACGUGCACGCGCGACACGCGAUCUUGUUAUCCCUUCACACCGGAAAACCCCCAUGUGCCGCAGGCCGUACGUGGUGUACGGCUGAGAUCAGUGUCGUGCAGUCGGGGCAGUCAGCAGCUUUGCCACCGUGCCGCUAUUACAGAUGUUCUUGAGCUCAUUGAAUGACUUGACGACUAGUGAAUUACAAGCUUGAAGCAUGCACGUAUGUAUGACUAUUUCAUGG